AUGGCGGGCGAGGAAGAGGUCGGGGACGCGGAGAAGGUAAAUGAGCUGGGAGCGGAGGCAAGGCGCCGUCGGCGAGCUCCGCGGUGGCUGCUUAGGGCCUCCCUGGUGUUCGUUGGCUGUGUGGACGGAGGAAGGGGCUGCGGCUUCUGUGCCGUCAGAGCAGCGCGCAAAGCGCCUCGACGUGACGAGGCUAGCAGGGCUCGUGGAGCCAAGGGUUGCCUCCCCAGCAGCGGACUCCCGGUAGCUGGGCAGCCUUUUUUCUGUUGGCCCUCCCCUUCCAGCAGGUACACUGCCUCUGAGCGUGGAAGCUCUAUUCAACCGUCGCGCCUUAUCGCCCUGGUAGACCGCACCUUCCCUAGGAAACGGAGGCUCGCUUCAAACCACUUAAUGCCCGAUAUAUUUCUGAGUCCACAUAACGCGUCGCACGGCCAUAAGUGGACCAUAAUACUCGUUUUGUUUACUCAGGUUCCUUUGUCACAAUCGCUGGCAUUUCUUUUCUUUUUUAAAAAUACUAAUAAUUUAAAAUGGUUUUUAAUCCUGCCUUCGAGGAAAACAGAGGGCUAUACUGAAGACAUGACAACCGUAGCUCCAAAGAAAUUUUGAUCCAUUGUUUUAUGCCCUGACCCUGAAUGUUUGGGCAGACAAGUGGAGGCUUUUAUAGCUGCAAUCCAAUGCACACUUACAUGGAAGGAAGCCUUAUUGCGCUCAGUGGGUUUACUUCUGUGUAGACAUGUAUAGGAUUGUGCUAUAAAUGGAACCUUUGCUAUUGGAAGAAAAUGUUUUCCUUUAGAGCAGAUGAAAAUGUUUUCCUUUAGAGCAGACCUGCCAGCUUGCUGCAGCCAGAGUAGUGGAAGGUGGGGAAAAGAAUUUUUCCUCCCAUUGUUCCAGUUCAGACCAAUUUUGUGAGCAUGUUGGGUGGAGGUGGGCAAAGCAGUCAUUAUAGAAGCUUCAGAUCCACGACUCUCCCAAUACAACCCCAAAAUGCCUUGUUUAGACCUGCACUGCUUGUAAGACAUUUGCACUUUCCGGUUUCCAAGGGGCCUCAACAGCUUAAUGUUGUUUCACAUGGAAACUUCUCUCCAGCUGUAGAACAGCGCUCACAGUUUCCUAUUGCCGCCCCCCCACCCAGCGGGCCUUCAACUGGUUGUAGGAUUGCAGCAUUAACUUCUUCCCCUGCCCUCCCCCCCAAAUGCAGUGGUACCUCUACUUAUGUUCGCCUCCGGUUACGUAUCCCUUACUAAAUGCAGGUAAAAUAAAAAUGCCAAAUUUAGAGCACUCUUGUAUUUUUAAAAGAAUGGUGAUGCAAAGUGGAAAUUUGUAUAGGAUUUUCUUCCACUGCAUCAUAUGGUGCUGAGAAUUCAACAGAAUCAGCAUGCGCUCACUCCUUUCAAAACUCCAGGAAAGAUAGGAACCACUGAAAUGUGGAGCCUUCCAACCCAGAAGGAUGGCUCAGUGUCACUGAUCAGUGCGUCAAAUCCUGAGAAAUUCAGCAGGAUCAAUAUGGUCAUGCUGCACUAUCCAAACUCAAGUAUCCCAAGGUAUGGUCUGAAGGUAUAUGAGGCCACCAUGAAGAGAGAGAGGUGGGAUAUCAGUGUAAAAAAAUAUACAAAAAUCAAGCAUAGCCUUUUAUAUACCACAUUGGGAAUGAUUUUGCCUUCAGGUGGAUGGUAGCUGCAAAAGAUCAAGGUGAUUUGAUGCAUGCUUUGUCCAUUGGUAUGAGAAUGACAAUGAGAAUAACAGAAUAACUUUUCAACAACUUCACCCCACCCCUUUAAAAAGCUACUGGAGAAUAAUGUAGUAAGAUAAAUUAGUUUAAAUGGUUGUGUCCUUUUCUUGUCCUUUUGGCCCAGUGGGAAAACUACAUGUUUUUUUCUUUUUGCUCUACAUCACUAUUAAAGGGACAGGAAUCAUCUACUGUACUAAAUGCAGCACUUCAGAAGGUUCUGUACAUAACCAAUGCAUUGUUUAAUGUGAUAUGUUUCAUUUCUUUCAAGUCUUUUAAGCUACUGGGAAUACUUGACGUCAGAAAUGUCCCUUGUGCUCGAGAAUCAGUGCUCUAUGGCUCAUUGGGUGGUCUAACUUUGGGUCUUGGACACUUUUUGGCAACUAGUAAGUAAAAGUAAAUCUGCAGAUAUUUCUUUUUAUAUGUAAUAUUUUCUUUGUUUCCAUUCUCUCUUUGUUUCCAUUCUCUCUUUUGGUAAUACUUUGCUCCAUGCAGCAAUUAAUACAGCGCAACAGCUGACAUAAAGUGUUGCUUGCGUCCUCUCUAAAACCCUUCCCAGCAAAGGUGUACAUACAGCACAAUCAGUCUCCAAAACAUUGCAUACCAAUUGUUCUUUAAAGUUCUUGGGGUAUUCAUAAGCAUACCUCAGCAGCUGAGAAUAAUUAAGAGGGUUCCUUUCUCUUUUUUUAAUAAUAGUUUUUAUUAGUUUCAAUUAAAGGUAAAGGUAAAGGUAAACAGUAAUAGCCUCAUUAUAACAAUACCGAUUUAUAAGAGGGUUCCUUUCUUUGGCAGCCAGUAGUUCUAGAAUCUAGUCUUUGUCUUGUUCGACAGGCUGCAUUUCCUCCUUUAUUGACCUUUUGUCAAAUUUUAUGAGGUUAGUACAUGUCAAAUUACUGCAAAUUUUGUGUAGCUCAUUCUGUUUAACUUGUUGUCUCAUUUGUUUGUGCAAAUGUUAUCAUAAAGAUUAAGCAAAGCCAACUAUAUCUUCAGAAAUAGUUGGCUAAAUACUUCUAAAAUACAUUUCCUACGUUGUUUUUCUGUUAGUUCCUUUUCUUCUUGUCCAAUUGUUAUGUUGUCUACAUAACUUAAAAAUGAACAAACUUCUUUUCUGCCUAGGCAGAGUGAGACGAUCCUGUGACUUUGGAGUGGGAGGUUUUAUCCUGACAACAUUAGGAUGUUGGUAUGUACGUUUCUGAAAUUCUCAGACUUGUGUUGAAGAUGUGAGUGGAUAGGCUUUGAGUGGAUUCUUCCUACAGCCCUAGGAGCCAGCUCCUAGAAACCUUUGCGCACCCCCUAAAAUAUUUGAGGGAACCAGGUCCCCCAAAGUUGAUGGGCAUUGCCAUUCAAAUGGUGUGUGCCACGCCUUAUGAAUAAUUAUGCAGCAUGGGGCUUACCUGAGCCCACCCAAUAUUUUACUCUAGUUGGCACCCCUGCCUACAACUCAGCACAUGUAAUCACACUAGUGUACCAGGCUAUUCCUGGAAAUAUAUGACAUAUUUACACCUUCUGCACCCUACUCCAGCUGUCCGUUGCUUGGGAGGGGUCUUUAAAUAAUAUGGUGGGACAGUAUAACAAUCCAAAUUCACAUCCAAUAUCUUCACUGAUGCAACUGAGAGAUGGCAGACUCCAGUGUUGCAUGAGUGGACUUGUUUCUGCAAUGGAACAUUGCCUUCAUCUACUUUCUGCAGACUCUACAUAUCUCCCCCAAGUGCCUUGUCUCCCAAGCAGAUUUUGUGGGCAUUGUUAUUUUAUUAAAUUUGUAUACUGCCCUUCAUCCACAGAUCACAGGGUGGUUCACAACAUAAAGUUUUUUAAAAACCCAAAAUAAUAAUGAGCAAAAAGACCAACCACCAAUAAAUCUCCCUCCCACAAGCACUUUUUUUUAAAAGGGUGUAAGAUGUUCAUCAGCCAAAGGCCUGGUUGAAGAGGAAUGUGUUCGCCUGUUGUCUUAAGGUGCGUAAUAAAGGUGCAUAUAGUGGAUUGAGAGGGUGUGAGGAAGGUGAAGUCCUAUUGUGCAGGCAGAGGUCUGUUCCCUUUGUACAAAGCUUUCUUUAACUUUUCCCUAUGUGCACAUCUAUUCCAUGUUUUUGUUUGCAGAAUACAGUUACUUAAGAAAAAGUUGUGUAAAGCAUUUCUGUCUUCUUCAAAGUACAGGCUGGUUCAAUACUAUACCAUCUGAAUAAAUACUGGGAGUUCUUAUUCUCUAAAAUAGGAUGGGGAUCAUUCAUUAUUUUGUUUUUUUCUUUAUUGAGGGUCUACUGUAGAUACAAUAAUGCAAAACUAAGGAUUCAGCAACGAAUGGUUCAAGAAGGGAUGAGAAAGAAAAUUUUGUAUGAAAGCACCCAAUUUGAUCCAGAGAAAAAGAAAAGUGAAGAAAGCCGUUCUUGA